AUGCCCCAUCCACCUAACAAGGCCAUUUACCUGGACUCGCAGGGCAAACAUACUAUCCGCAUCAUCGAAGAACAAUAUGUCCCAACCGGAGCUCAAUCUCUUGUGGAGGUCAAGUACUCGGCCAUCAACCCAGCCGAUACUCGUCACUACUUCAUGGGCAUCUCCGAAGUCGUGUCAGGUUACGAGUUUGUGGGCACCAUCCGAGAAACCGGACCAGAUUCACCCUUUAAGCCUGGCCAGGAAGUGUUUGGAUUUUCCAUCCCUGGUGACCGUCGUCCUCUUCAUCUGGGAGCUCAUCAGGAUUUCCUCUUGGCUGACAACUUAUUGACGUAUGAGAGACCUGAGGACAUGGAUGCCACCUCGGCUGUCACCAUGCUCGCUGGAGCUCUUACCGCUAUCGAUGGCUUGUUCAACACUCUUGAAUAUGGUCUCCCCGCUGCCGGACUUGAGGGAGAUGAUCCGACCGACGUACCGAUCCUGAUCUGGGGUGGUUCUAGUGUCGUAGGUCAGGGAGCCAUCAAGUUGGCCAAGGCUGCUGGUUUCAACCCCAUCCUCACCACGGCUUCACCACACAACCACGACGCCUUGAAGCAGCUGGGCGCAACACAUUGCUUCGACUACCGCAGUCCUACUAUUGUGCAAGACAUUCACGCCACAAUGAAAGGGUUGAACAAGAAGCUCAAAACUGUCUUUGAUAGCGUUGCGACUGGCCUGGGCGUCUUUGAAGGCCUCACAAAGGAAGAGGAGGAAGCCAUCCAGGCGAAAUACGAGGAGAGCUCUCCUGGCAUUGCUCGUCGAUGCUGUGACCCCGAUAUCCCGGAAGAUGAGCUACGGUUGAGCGCAUCGCUUGUCGUUGCCAAAGACCUAGCCUGGAAGUUUACCCUCAUGUUUCGAACUGUUGAUACCAUGGAUCACGGCGUUGCUCGCAAUGAUUAUACCAUUCGUUGGUUGAUCAAGAAUCAUGCGAAACAUUGGCAAGCUCCUCGAACGAGGGUUGUUGAGACAGCGGAGGAGGGUAUUCAGGCUAUCAAGGACGUGUAUAGUGGGAAGACGAGCAGAGAGAAGGUCAUUAUCAAGCAUCCCAUGUGA